AUGUAAUAAAUUUGUGACUUUCAUUUACGUUUCAUAAAAUAAGUGUGUUGUGAAAAUUAAUGUUCGUCCAAACUUCUUUGUGAUGAAUGCUUAAAAUCUAGCAAUGAUCAUGCAGGUCAUAGAUUAGUUGAUCUAUAGCAGUUUAUAAAUUUAGCAGAAUAGUUUUUAAAAGGAGGCUAGUAUAUAUAUUAAUUAUACAAUCCAAGUCCAGAAGUAGUAUUAUAUGGGGCUGAUUUAAAUACAAAAACUAAGAUAUAUGUUGAAAACACUUAGAAUAUAAAGUAAGAAAUGUAAGCCUAGUAUGUGAAGAUGCUAGAAGAUUAAAUUUAAAAAUAUAUAAAUCAAUUGGUUGAUGGAGUCAAAUAAGGCAAAAAAAUGAUUAUAGAUUUCGUAAACUAAAUAAUAGAUGAGAGUUUUUCUUCAGUUGUUUUGAAGUAUGAAACUGUAAAAUGUUAGCAAUCGAGAAUGCAGUCAUAUAAUUGUUAAAGCUGUUUUAUAAGCAUUUGAGUAGAAAAUAUCAACGAAAGAUGGAAAUAAUUUAUUAUAUAGAUUACAUACAGGAUAAUUAGAAAAAGAUUAUUAUGAAAAGAAGGUAAGUUAUUUAGAUUUAAAUUUAGAUUCAAGGUUUGGUAGAAUUAUUUCAAACUCAUUUGAAAUAAAUUCUGGAACCAUUAAGUAAUUAAGUAGAGAGCUAUUCAAAAUAAUUUGUGCAGUAAAUGGAAAAGGUAAAGGCUUAGGUUAAGAAUGAACAUUUUACUUCAAAUAAGACAAAUAUGAUGACUAAAUAAUUUAAAAUUAAAGAUAUGAUGAUUGAUCAAAACCUUUAAUUAAAAGUUGAGUAACCAAAUUAUGUUUCUAGAAAGCAUAAUUCAUCUUUACCACCACCGCUACAAAAUGAAAGUGAAUAUUAGAAUAUAUUUAAACUAAAGACAGCUAGAAUUCCUAAAUAGAGAAAAUUAGAAUUAUUAAAAUCUUUAGACUUUAUGCAUCAUACUGCAAGAAGUGAUUCCAAUUUGUAAACGAUUUCCUAAAUAAUUCCACAAAAAGCUUAAAUAGAUAAUGGAGGUUAAGAUCUAAAACGAAUUAUGGUUGUAAAUUCAAUUCAUUAAAAUCUUGUUGAUGUUAUUAGUAUUUAAGGAAAUAUUUGUAUGACUUCUGGAAGAGAUGGAACCUUAAAUCUAUUUACUAUUUAAAUUGAAGCAAAUGAUAUUUCUAUAGUGAAUCAACAUUAAAUAAAACCACAUCAAGAAUUGAGAGAUGUAGAAGUUUGUUAAACUCCAGGAAUGUUUAUGACAGUAGGUAGAAAUAUUAAAAUUAUCAAUGAGAAAUAUGUUGAUUUAGGAUAUAUUGUGAAAUUAUUUCUUUUUUAAGAUGUUAAAGAUAUAGAAUUAUUAACUGAGUUUAGAGAUCUUCAUAAUCAACCAAUAGAGAAAUUGAAGUUUAUCAACGAAAAUUAUAUUAGAACUAGAAUAGAAUAUUCUAAAUUUAGCAAUGAAUUAGAAUUUGCAUCCUAAACUCUAGACACAAUCAAAGUGUGGAAAUUCUCAUUUGAUAGUUCUAAAAUAUAUGAAGGUGAAAUGUAGGAGAUGUAUAAAAUAGAACUUAAAUAAUAAAUCAUUAAAUCUAUUGAAUUUUGUAGCGACUUAUUAAUUAUUACAUCCAAAUCAAGUUAUUCUAUAUAUCAUAAGACUAAUUUAAUUAAAUAAUAAGUUUAAGGAAAAGAUUUUAUUGUUAAAUCAAAGGUCAUCAACAAUAAUAGAGUUCUCAUAUUAAGUAAUUAAGGAGUAAUCACAAUUUUAGAUAUGAUCAAAAUCAAAAAUAAUGAUAAAACAUUUGAACCUCAAAAAAUAGUAAGUAUAACUUUAAAUGUUAGAACAUAAAAAAGCACUUAAGACUGAUUCUAUUUGAAAAGGAAGAAAAAGAAAUUGAAUUUAUCGAUUGCAUCUAAAUUAAUUAAAGAUUCUUAAUUUUUAUGCACAGUACAGUUUACGAUUAUUUUCUUAUUCUAAAUAAAAAUUUAGAUGUAAAAAUAAGUUUAGACUAAUUUAGAUUGAAAAUAGACUUAGAUUCCCACCUUCUGAAAUAAGAUUAUUAAAGUGUUUAGAAUUAGAUAAAUACAAUUUGUUUCUUAGUGUUGAAGGCAAAAAUGAUUUUGGAAUAUGGAAUAUAAUUUUAAAAUGA